GCAAAGCUUUGCCCAUCAUGAAAUGGCUUGCUGCCUUUAGAUCUGUCAUCCAUGAGAGCUAUGGUGUGAGAGGUUUUCCUCUUGGAUAUGUCUUGAGAGAAGACGCUGAUGUGCCAGCUGAACCACCGCUUGCUCCGGAUCGACCAUAUUCUAUUGAACAUGGAUCGCUUGUUGCCGAAUUCACUGCUAGAGCAUCCCAUACUCACCCUAGGUUUCACCAGGAUAAUGCUCAAGUAUUUGCCAAGCUGGAAGAAGCGCUACGCGGGACGACUUAUGCUUUGUCUCUGACCCCAUUUGAGCAGACAAGAGAUGGAAGAGGUGCCUUCUUUGCCAUUGUUGCUCAAUACCUCGGUAAAGAGAAGUGGUCCAAAGAAAUUGAAAAGAACACUGAUUUCAUUACUGUUCAAAACAUGUGGAAUACCAGAUCCCAAAUGAGCAUACAAGGAUUGGAUACUUCCUUCGAAGCGCUCCACACAACUGAUCCUGGGCUCCAUGCAACUAUUGCCAACAUUGAGGGCAACGAAGAUCCCAAUGGACCAAGAUAUUCUUUUGAAGAAUGUGCACGAUUGCUCCAACUUGCCGACCCGGUUGCCAAGAAGAACAAGCGCAGUCAUGCACAAAUCUCAGAUGCUACUGUUACCAUUGAUGAAUCAGCCAACCAAACCAUUGAGAUUGCGUCUCUGCGAUCUGGAAUUGGAAAGACUGGCGUUCAUCUCCGUUUCUACAAGAAAAAGGAGUUUGAUAAGCUCCCUGCAGAGCAAAGAGCCGAGCUGAAAGCUUGGCGUUUGACACCUGAAGGGAAGGCUGCAACGGCAAGAGAUGGAGCUGCAAAGGCUAAAGCUCAUGGUGGAAACUCGUCUCCAAAGAAAGAAGGAAAAAUAUCGGCUGCUGCUUUUGAAAAGGAGCUGAAACGACAUGUCAAGCAGUACACUGACAAGGAAGACAAGAAGAAAGGUCUCCAUGAUACUCGUGUCAGUGCACUCAAAACAGUCAAUGCCUCUGGAAUGGCGCCUGCUCCUUCUGCAUCUGCUGAUGUCAAUGCUAUUGUUCUUGCCAAGAUUCUUGGGAAGAAAGAUUGA